UAAACAACGAGGUAGUAGCUAUCUUAAUUAGCUAAGCAUAGGGGGCUGGGCUGGGCUGGCUUCAUCAACAUCAAAAUGCUUCCCAUGAAUAAUCUGAUGCUUGUUUCGAUUCUCUCCUCCAUAUUUGUUGUUACUCUGCUCAGCUUUCCCAGCCCAGCUGAAGCUGUUUACCUCGCCCAUUUCUGCCCAAACACCACCACCUUCACCCCAAACUCCACAUUCCAGUCCAACCUCAACCGCCUUCUCUCCACCCUCUCCUCCAACGCCACCAGCCCCUCCGGCUUCUACAACGCCACCGCCUACUCCUCCUCCUCAAACGACGCCAUCUACGGCCUCUUCCUCUGCCGGGGCGACCUCGCCGCCACCGAUGCUUGCAAAUCCUGCGUCUCCACCGCAACCUCCGAGGUCGUCCAACGCUGCCCCACCAAGAAGCAGGUUGUAAUCUGGUACGACGACUGCAUGUUACGCUACUCCAACGAGUCCUUCUUCUCCACUGCCGCCGAGUCACCUCGCCUGUUCAUGUGGAACACGCAGAAUGUAAGUGGUUAUGUAACGGACCAAAACCGCUUCAACCAACUACUGGCAACGGGCGUGAGUGAGAUAGCCGAUGAAGCUUCCAAUAACGAUCGCAAGUUUGCGACGAAAGAAGCCAAGGUUUCAGAGUCGACUUCGCUGUACAUGCUUGCUCAGUGCACGCAGGACCUCUCCUCUGGUGAUUGCAAUUUGUGUCUUCUAGGAGCCAUGACAGAAGUUCCUAGAAGAAAAGCCGGGGGACGAGCUCUGUAUCCCAGUUGCAAUAUCAGGUUUGAAGUCUAUCCCUUCUACCUCCACAAUUCCCCCGAAGCAUCGCCGUCUCCACGAGAUCGUGCUGUUUCUCCUCCUCCGACUAAAGGAGGAAGAAGCAGACUUUCACCUUCCAUAUUCAUUGGCGGCAGCAUUGCUGUCUCUGUGGUACUUGUUGCUUCGGGCUACUUCUUCGUACGCAGAAGAUCAAUAAGAAAGAAGUACAAUAUUCCCCCAAAUCAAGAAAACGGUAGGAAUGACUAUGGUACAAAGAGUGUUGAGUCCUUACAAUUUGACUUGGGAACUAUUGAAACUGCCACAAACAAGUUUUCUGAGAAUAACAAGUUAGGUGAAGGCGGAUUUGGUGUAGUUUUCAAGGGAACACUUGCUAAUGGACAGGAAAUAGCAGUGAAGAGGUUGUCAAAGAGCUCCAAACAAGGUGUACAAGAAUUUAAGAAUGAGGUUGCAUUGGUAGCCAAACUUCAACACAGAAAUCUUGUCAGGCUUCUAGGAUUUUGUUUGGAAGGAGAAGAAACCAUACUUGUCUAUGAAUAUGUGCCAAACAAAAGUCUUGAUUGUUUUCUUUUUGAAUCGAAAAAACGAGAACAGCUAGAUUGGUGGAGCCGCUGCAUGAUAACAGGAGGAAUUGCUCGAGGAAUUCUAUAUCUUCAUGAAGAUUCAAGGCUCAGAGUUAUACAUCGUGAUUUGAAAGCGAGCAAUAUCUUGUUAGAUGGCAAUAUGUAUCCAAAAAUAUCAGAUUUUGGUAUGGCAAGAAUGUUCGGAGUUGAUGAUCAAACUCAAGGAAUCACCAAAAGAAUUGUAGGCACCUACGGUUACAUGGCUCCAGAAUAUGCUAUGGAGGGAUCAUAUUCUGUAAAAUCUGAUGUCUUUAGCUUCGGAGUACUUUUGCUUGAGAUCAUAACGGGGAGAAGGAACUUUUUAGGCUUUCAUCCAACAAAUUGUGCACCUACUCUUAUAGGCUAUGCUUGGCAAUUGUGGAACGAAACGAAAGGGUUGGAGUUGAUGGAUCCGUUGUUGAAAGACUCAUGCAGCCCAAAUGAAUGUUUGAGAUACAUCCAUAUCGGAUUAUUGUGUGUUCAGGAAGAUGCAAACAAUAGGCCAACCAUGUCAUCAGUUGUUCUAAUGCUAAAAAGUGAAACUAUUAGUCUAUCCAGACCUGAGAAACCAGCCUUCUUUACAGGAAGAUCUACUGAUCACCAUGAUCAAGUAAGGACUCAUGAUUGCUCUGCCAAUGGUUUGACGAUUUCUAAUGAUUUGGCCCGCUGACGAGGAUGACAAUCAAGUAAACAUCAUUGGAUUCCAUUAAUUAAAGGCUUAAGCUAUAAGCUUAUAUUUUGUUUCACAUCAGCACAAGUCAUUUUAU